AUGUUUACAGCAAUGGACAAUCCGAUGUUUUUGAUCGGAGCCGCUCUGGUCAUGGCGCUGGUCGCCUGUCUGGCCGUAGGCGGGUCGCAGGGCAGACGCUUCCUGGAUAGACUGAGAGGCUCUAGCAGAAAGGUUCCAUCCGCGAAAACUCCACCGCCUGACUUUUCGGAGAAACGACCUUCGAGCCCACCGUAUAGCAAGAUCCUUCCGCCAUCGCUCAGAGAAGCUCUAUAUACAGUUGCUAAGACCGGGAUUCCCGACAGUCAGCGGGCUGCCUUAGCCCCUCAAGAACUUGCAGAUGAGACCAUGCUACGAUCUAUUCUUCCCAUGACGGAGAGCUAUAAAGCGUGCAUCGGGGCUAGGUUUACACCCACCGGGUUUUCAACAGAAGAAAUCAAGGCGCUUGGAGAUUUCCCCGAUUAUGCGACUUUGAGCGGUGUUCCAUUGCCGGAGCCUUAUCUUGAGUUUGAUAUCAAUAAGGCGCUGCCUAGACCCUACCGACCAUUUCGUUGGAAUUACCAUCAGACGAUGUCACUAACGAAAUUGGAAUCAAAUUGGUGGCUCGAAUUGGAGAAUACGUACAGAGAUCGUCUUGUUCAGCGAAAAGCCCUGUAUGAGAAGCACGGAAAGUCUGUGCUUAAUAUGCUUCCGGGCGCUGAACUAGCAUGUAAGGAGCUUAUGGAGAUGGUCAUACAGUUCCUGUGCGCCAGAUAUCCACAUUAUUUUUCUCUUUCGAACGAUAAGAGGUACUUUACAAACAGUAUCCUGGAUAUAGUUGAGGAUCUCCAUGACAAGAGCCCCCUCGUCGUUCUUAUGCAUCAUGUCCCUGAAGAUUUUGGAAUAAUGCUGAGGGAUGAAAGUGGUUACUAUUUUUUGCGUGCAGGCUGUAUCUGUUCUUCAUUAGGAUGGAAUCUGGGUUCGAAGAUGGGUAUGCAGCUUCAUGAAAUUCAUGAACCUAUUCCAGAUUAUAAGGAGAAGAUGCGGUUCUCAAUGGACCGCUACUUCGCCAAAAUGCCCACCGACAGACCCAUUCAACGUGGCUCCUGGGGCCUUGAAGUCGAGCAGCCUCUCUUCAUGCCUCCAGGUGACCCCCACGAGCAGUAUCGCUACUCUCAGUCGCCGUCUCUGGACAUUUCAUCCUGCUAUCUUCGCGUUGACUGGCAAACACUUCGUCGUCUUCCACUUUCUGGCGCUAUUAUUUUCAACUUUAAAGCUGUUUUUACGCCCGUCACUGAAUUCCGCGACGAGCCCGGGGUUCCGGCGCUAAUCGCAAAGGUCUUGAAGGACGGGAAGAGGAGUAUUAUGGAGUAUAAAAAUACUUGGCACACAGAGCAUGUGGUACUGCCAGCACUGGAGAAAUGGGCGAUAGAGCAGGAGGAGAACGGGAUUAUUGAGAAGGGGUGGAAGGUAGAAACACUGGAAGAAAGUCCUUACUUCAAAGGGUGGGAGGAGAAGUGGCAUCGCCAGCAAGGUUUCUAG